AUGGCCCGAGCAAGAUUGAUCAUGUCGGACGACGACGACGACUAUCCCAGUGAUGGCGGGGACCACCACGGAGCCGGCAACAUUGAUGCUGGCGACGAUAACGGCACAUUGGUGCCGGAAGCGCCCGCUGACGCCGAGGCGCCGUCGGCGCUGGAUGUCGCGCCCAACCGAGACAGCGAGGACGAGAUUAGUGAUGAUGACGACGCCCCACGUCUGCGCCGCCGCAACCGGCCCAAGCGCCUGCUAGUGGAGGAGGAUCCGCUUGCUGAACUCGACGAAUUUAAGGAUGACCUAAGCGAUGUCGACGCGCCGGCGCCUCCGCCCCGCAACCGCCUGCGCCGCAGUCAUAACAGUGACGACGACGAGUUUAUGGAGGAUGAAUUUGUCAGUGAUGACGACGAUUUCAUGGACAAACUACAAGAAAAACGGUUUAUCGCCAGUGAUGACGAUGGCGACUUUGGUUACCUGGCCAACACCCGCUCGCGCCGGCGAAAACGGCGGCGGCGCCCUGACGCUCCGCGGAAGCGCUUGACACGAGCCCUGGCGGUUGCCGGCGACGACGAAGACGAAAGCUAUAGUGAGGGCGACACCGGUGUUGCCACUAAGGAUGGCGGCGACGACAUUCAACAAGAAUUGGAUGACCUCUACGACCUGCUGCCAAUGGCGCUGCCCAUCCGCCAUAAACUUCGAGAACGUCAAGAGGUCAACUAUACCAUCCCGCCGCCCCUUCCUGCUAAUGGCGAUAUCUCAGGGCUUGGCUACGCUGAUGUUGGCGCUAAGCCGGCCCUGCUUCGUCGCGGUCGCCUGAAUCGCAAUGGCGAGUUCCGCAAGCUCUUAUUCCCCACUGCCGGUCCCUUCGGUGGCUCCGAUGUGGUGUCGCUUUUUGGCACCAAUGUUCCUCCCGGCGGCAUCCCCUUACCUGGGAUGGCUGGCACCAAUCAAUUGAUGGGCGACUCUGAUAGUAGUGACGAUGAGAUCGUCGCUAUCGACGGCACCAAGAGCGCCGGUGGCGCCCUUCUGGGGUCGGCACUUACCAAGCCAGUGGGCGCCGCCGGCGGCGCUGGCGCCCUCAUCAGCGCUGGUGGCGGCGGCUCCGCUGUGGGUAAAGUGAAGAACAAUUUGUCGGAUACCGACCCCUUGGGCGUCGACAUGAAUAUUGAUUUCAGUGCCGUGGGUGGGCUUGACAAUUACAUCAACCAAUUGAAGGAAAUGGUGGCCCUCCCGUUGCUUUAUCCCGAGUUAUACCAGAACUUUGCCAUUACUCCCCCGCGUGGGGUGUUAUUCCAUGGUCCCCCCGGUACGGGUAAGACUCUCAUGGCCCGUGCGCUCGCGGCGCUGUGUUCGACUAACGAGCGUAAGAUCACUUUCUACAUGCGGAAGGGGGCUGACUGUUUGCUGAAAUGGGUCGGUGAAGCCGAACGUCAGUUGCGGCUCUUAUUUGAAGAGGCGAAGAAGAACCAGCCCGCCAUUAUCUUCUUUGAUGAAAUCGAUGGGUUAGCUCCAGUGAGAUCGCUGAAGCAAGAACAGAUUCAUGCCCUGAUUGUGCUGACACUUUUAGCGUUGAUGGACGGGAUGGACAACCGGGGUCAAGUUAUCGUCAUUGGUGCCACUAACCGGCCCGAUGCCAUUGACCCUGCACUUAGACGUCCCGGGCGGUUUGAUCGUGAAUUCUACUUCCCUCUUCCCGACGUCAGUGCUCGUCAACAGAUCUUACUGAUCCACACUCGCCAGUGGCAACCUCCUUUGGCGCCUGAGUUUUUGGCUAAACUUGCUGAGCUUACUAAGGGCUAUGGUGGUGCCGAUUUGCGGGCAUUGUGCACCGAAGCUGCGUUGAAUCUGAUUCAGCGGAAAUACCCACAAAUCUAUCGUACCAACGAUAAGCUCCAGGUGAACCCGAAACUGAUCAAAGUGAUCGCUCUGGAUUUUAUGAAAGCCCUCGAUAAGAUCGUGCCAUCGCUGGCCCGGCUGACAUCGCUGGGUCUGGCCCCGUUGCCACCACUGCUUCAACCAUUGCUUAGUGAACCGCUAGAGACAAUUAAGCAUAAGUUGUUUCAACUUUUGCCUUCAGUUAAAGCUCUCGAUAAGUCGUCGGCUAAACUUACGGCGUUGGAUGAAGCAGAAUAUUGGGACCCUGCAGUAAACGAUGCUGACGGUGGGUUUGCUCGUCAUCAACACCUCAAAGUGCUUGAACGCCUGAGAGUGUGCAAGCCCCAUCUUUUGGUUCAGGGACCUGCUGGUAACGGUCAACAAUACUUGGGGGCGGCUAUCCUCAAUUACCUUGAAGGUUUCCAAAUUCAACUGCUUGAUGUUGGCUCGCUCUUAGGCGAGCUGAAUCGCACCGUGGAAGCGGCGAUCAUUCAAUGCUUUGUUGAAGCGCGGCGCCACCAGCCGCUGAUCAUUUUCAUCCCUAAUCUUGAUCUUUGGGACCAAGUUGUGCCGCCAUCGGCAGUGGUUACGUUAAAGGGGCUUUUACGGACACUUCUGGCCCACGAACCGGUGCUUGUUCUUGGUAUUAGUGAAGAUCUGAGUGGUGAAAGCGCCCUUGACCUGGUAUUCGGCCAUGGUAGUCCUGCUAACAAUAUGGUGCUUGCCCCUCCUCGGGAAGACCAGCGACAAUACUUUUUCCGUGAGGUGGUGGGCGCUUUACGGAUGAAGCCAUUUGAGUUCAUCAAUGAUGUCGCUAACCGGCCGCGCCGUAAACUUCGGAAGUUGCCGGUGGUCGCGGCGGCGGCGCCGGAUAAACUGUCGGAACGCAAACGCCGCAAACAACAAGAAUAUCAAGACACCAAGCUUAAGAACGUGCUCAAGAUCAGAUUGGCGGGGCUUAUGGACUUAUUCAAGAAUCGUUACAAGCGGUUCAAGAAGCCGGUGAUUGACGAUGCGUACUUAGUCCAUUUGUUUGAGCCCAUCCCUGAAAAUCCCAACUUGCCUCCUUACGAAGUGCUUUACGUCAAGAGUGAUGAUCCCAACCAUCCUGACAUGAUUAAGGAACUUAGCACUGGUAAGUACUAUCACAACAUGGAUCUUGACAUCAUUGAGGAACGUCUUUGGAACGGGUUCUACCUGGAACCGCAACAAUUCCUUAAGGACAUCAAGAUGAUUGUGCGUGAUGCGAAGAACCUGGGUGACCGUGAACGCAGCCUCAAGGCCGAGGAGAUGUUGACCAACGCUCAAUUUGCCAUUGACGAGUUUGCCACUCCUGAAUUCUUGGAAGAGUGUAAGCAGAUGAGACAGCGUGAAAUGAAGCGUCAACAAGAGCAGAUUGAGGCUCACAAGGUGGCGAUGGAAAAGGCUCAAGAAGAAGCGCAACGGGCUGAAGCUGAGGCGGCGGAAGCUGCAGCGCAAGCUGAAGCUCAAGCACAAGCUGAAGCUGCCACUACCGCUGAAAAUGCCGGUUUAUUGGAGUCGCCGUCGAAAAUGCUGGUGCAAGAUUUGGUCGCCUCAGAAGCGAGCAAUGGCACGUAUGCACCUUCAGUUGACUCACUGAUACCACCUGUGUUUGAUGCCGCCACUCACCCAGUAUCCAAUGGUACUACCGAAUACAUCAAACCUGAAGUUGAUGCUAAUGGCAUGGACCUUGACACCGCCCCUCCUGCGAAUGUUCCUCAGGAACAUCAACAUCAACAGCAACAGCAACAACAACAACAACUUUCAGCUGUUGAUGGCAUUGCUAACAGGGCACCCGCUGAACCUGUUGUUGACUCGACUAUCUCCACAGUAGCGGUUGCGGGUGUUGGCUCUAGGGAAGACACUCCGGCCACCGUUAUCAACGAAGCCGAGGAAGAAGAAGAGGAAUCUGAAAUUGAGGAGUUGGAGCUCCCUGACCGUCAACUCAUCAUUGACGAACAACGCACCCAGCGCCUCUUCACCGACCUCAUUGCCGCCACUAAUAAUUACACUGUGGAUCAGUUGGAGGCAACGAUGGCUAAGCUCAUGGACGUGGUGUGGUCUGACCGCGGUAACUGGGAUAAACUGGGGACGAUUGAGAACUUGGAGUCGAUUGUAAAGACAUUGAACGGUUAA